AUGUCGGACCUGCCCUGUAGGUUACAGAUGCUCCCCUACUUCCCCAGCUCCUUUAACAGCCCCUCCCUGCGCUUUGAGUGUCUGCUUCAGAGCUUCACAGACUCACAGAGCAGCCUGCCAGGCACGUCCCAGGAGCUGCUCGCAUCAGCUGUGGCCGAGGAUCCAGUGAGCACGGCUGGGAGGAGGUGUGACACCAUCUACAAAGGCUUUGCCGAAUGCCUCAUCAGCCUGGGGGACAGCAUGGCCCAGAGUGUCCAGAAGCAGCAGGAGGACAGUGGGCAGGAUGGGCAGGAGCUGGACACCAUCUGCAGGUCCUGGGACGACUUUCACACCUGCGCCAACAGGGUCUUGUCCCGCUGCCCUGAUGAAGCUGCUGCCAUCUGGGAGUCGCUGCGCCAGGAGUCCAGGAAGAUCCAGUUCCAAGGGAACCUGCACGACCUGUGCAGCGCGCGAGCCAGGCCGCCCGGCAGCGUGCGGGGCUCAGCCGUGGACGAGACUAACAAGGAGACCCUGCGGGGCUCAGCCUUGCUCCCCCGGCCGAGCCUGCUGGGCACCCUGCCACUCCUGGUGCUCAUAUCACUCCUGGUGCCCUUCGUCUAGCCAGGGAGCCGUGGCCAGGCACCCCCUGCCAGCAUCCAGCGCCAGGCACCCCCUGCCGGCACCCGGCACAGACUCGCAGGGCUGGCACUGCAAGAGAGGUCAGGGUUACACUGUAAAUCCUGUGCGCCAGGAGCUGUGGGCACCAGAGCCUGCUGCCCACCAGGUGUUUCCAGCCUCUUUCAAGCCAGCCAGGGACUAUGGGGAAGCCAGAGGCCGGGUUCCCCUGGCACAGCCUGGGGCCAGGGGCAUCGUGUCCCAUGGGGCAAAUGAGGCUGGAGCCCCCUGGGUCCUGUGUUUCCAGGGAGAUCUGGACCACAGUGACUGAGCUCCCCAUCGCCCUGUGCGCACAGCUCUCCCUGCAGGGACUGGCCUGACCCCGGCCCCACUUCCCUCGGCCCGGUCUGCACCGGCAGCUUUCCUGUGCCCCCCACGCCCACCCUCACCCCAGGGAGUUGCUUUCCACCUGGGCCUGUCUCAGUGCCCAAGCUGGAUCUUUGGAAAAAGGUUCGGCCUAUGACUCCUCAGGCCGGCUGCCCUAAUCCCACCCCUACAGCUCUGCAGGCUCCUCUCUCUCCUUGUCCCUGAGAGAAGCCAGAACAUGGCUUUGUGGAGGAAGCCGAGCCUGGGAACCUUCCCCCUGGAGCUGCUGCUGCCUCCAGGGGAGACGUCCCUCACCUCCUUCCCCUUGGCCGCG